CGACUGCUUCGCGGCUUGCCAUCGACACUCGUGGUGCCAGCGCUCUCGUUCGACGACUGCCACCGCCAGUGCCUCCCCUCCAAGUCCAACUGCUUUGCGUCGUCCUACUUGAUGGAAAAAUGCAGCUUGUACACGGCUCUGUACCGGCCACGGUCGACGCUGGGGGUCAUCAGCCCGAAAACGACGCUGCCAGUCGCACCUACCACGCGAACGUCGUCGGUGCUCUUCCUCACGGCGCACCAAGACGACCACGAGCUCUUCAUGUCCGGUCAAGUCGCCAAGGCGGUCGCCGACCCUGACACCGCAGUCGCCUGCAUCUACAUGACCGCCGGCGACGCCGGAUCGAACAACGGCUGGUACGAAGCGCGGGAGGCAGGUACGCUCGCAGCGACGCGAGCGUGGGUUCAAGCGGCUGGGCGCUUUGACCCGGUGCAACGCACGUCGUCCGUCACUAUCCUCGGGCACAUCGUCGCCAAGGUCGAGAUUGGCAACGUCGCACACUACUUUUUGCGACUUCCCGAGCUACGCACGAUCGACUUGUCCAAAUUUGGGACGCCAGUCUCGCCCAUGGACCGACCGGACGAGGUUUAUGCGACCGAGGCCGAGGUGCAAGCGGUCCUUUUGGCGGUUGUCAAGCUGGAAGCCAAGGGCCGCGCGACGCUGCAUAGCCAGCAGUAUGGCCAAGUCGACCACUUCUUGCAUGCCAUGGCUGGGCGCCUCAUCGCGAGCGCUGUGGCCUCCGACCUGACGCUGUCCACGUGCCUUAGCACGGCGUACUACUGGGGCUACCAAAAGUGGCUCGACCCCGUCAACCUCCCCGACCAGCACACGAUCGAGCUCCAGCGCCGUGCGUGGCUAGCACUCAGCAGCACCGCGUCAAGCUUUUACCCGACCAUGUCGCCGUGGCUCGACCAUGUAUCGGUGCUUGGCCGCGAGUACGUCGCGUCGUCGCUCUCUCGCACGGACCUCUGCCCUGCCUGA